AAAAAUGGCAAAAGUACACACGAUUACUAAAACUAAAUUUAAAAGUGAAAAUAGCAAAAUGAAAGCCAAUUAAAAACAUUAAUAAAUACUAUAAUAGUAUAUGCUUACUAAAAUAAGAGAGGCUUGAAAUGCUUGUAAUCAUAUAAAUUAUAUAUCAAAAAUAAAUGACAAAUAAAAUUGUAAUUAAUGAAAUGGAUGAACUGGGCCGAGCAUACGUGUGAACACCUUCAAUUCUGUUUAAAAAGAACCUAAAGAUGAUUGAUAGAUCGUUUUAAUUUGGUUUGUACACAUUUUGUGUUCUGGUUUUGGUGACUAUUAUUCUAAAAUGCAAAAUAUAGAAUUGAAUAUGGAAAGAAUGAGUUGGUGUGUCCAAACUUUUAAAUGGUACCGAAUAUGUUACGACUGUGUACGUGUGCAUGUGUGUGAGUGGCUUAUGGCUUGAAGAUAUAUUCAUGCAUGCGUGUGUAAUGGAUCAAUGCUUUCCUGGGCUACAGGCCAGCAGGUGUGUGUGUGUGUGGGUGAGUGAGAGAGGGUACACAGUGUGUUGGGGGGCUUUGACUGUGCAACUAAGUAUAAAUAUUUCACCCCCUUCUCCAGUUCCCUUUUGUUCAUCAUCGUAGCGGCUCGAUGGCCAGUCCCUUUAAUCCACAGCUGAACAAAUGAAAGCAAGAGAGGAAAGGAAACACGUGAGAGAGUCAAAGAUAUAAAGCCACAAGGUUUGCAGAAUUUGAAAGAAAGGAAUGAGAAUAUUUUCUGAUUACAUGAUGUAAAAAAGGAGUGACAAAAUGUGAGAAGAAGACAAAAGUUGAAAGGAUAAUGAUGUCACGGUUCAGGGAAACCCUUAAAGAGGACGAAUCUGGAAAGAAGAACUCUAAGAUACCUCAAAAACGAAAGAAAAGGGAAGCUGAAAAUGACACGGACAAUAGACUGAUAUCGAAGGAUAGGCUUCCUCUGAUUGGUUCAUCAGGCAACAGAACUGCAGCAAGGCCUUCUCUAUCCACUCCCCAGCAUCCUCCUCAGGCCGACAUGAGAAAACGUGGCCAUCCUCCCAUCUCAUCUGUGGCCCCUGACAGCAUGGCACCCUGGGAAGGCUCCUCCCACUCCGAGUCCUCCUUUACCAGUUUCCCCCCUCCGCUUUCACCCCUUCCACUUGCCCACUCGAAGCCAAUCACAGCACCAGAUCCUCCGCUACCCCCUCCACCCCCUUCUCAAAUCAAAAACAUUGAACCUGAGAAUGGACAGAGUGCCAGAGUAAAACGCAAGCCCCUCCCACCAAGACACCCCUCUAGACCUCCCCGUUUACCCCCUCUGAGGCAAGUAACAAAUCUUAGCUUUUCUCGAAGUUUCACUUUUUCGUUUUUUGAGCUGCCGGUUCACCAGUCUGCACGGAGCAGAGCGGAGCGGCUCAGAGAUCUCACUGUGCUCCUGAGGCAGUUUCAAUACUGAGUUUACAUCUGGGGCAGAAAAACUAUGUAUGCAAAUUUACAUCAUGCUCAAUAUUACCAGGCUAUGGCAUGACUUCACAUCAGCAUUAUAUGCUUAAUUAGAAUUUUAGAUUAAGAGUGAUGUUGGAUAUAUUUUUGGCUUUUUAUCCUGUUUGCGGUGCACAUUUCUGCCAUUACUGAAGGUUAAAGAUGCACUUCGUAAUUUUUAUGAUGCACUGUAUAUAUGGUCACCAAGGUGCAUUUUGUUUUUACAGUAAAACAUGAAUAUUGUGAAAUAUUACUUAAUACAGGU